CUUGAAAUUGAAUCAAAUGUUAUUGUGUCCCAAGAGUAACGUUCAAUCCCAAUAAGAUCAGCAAAACUACAGGGAAGAUAGAUCUGCUCUGGUUGAUUUUUCCAAGAGUAACCAUGUGUUGGACCUUAGUCCUACAUUGGUAGACGGGGCUUAAUUGGGUAGUUUAUAAGUCAAUGGGAUCCCUCAUCUAGUCAAUGGGAUCCCUCGUAAGAGGGGUCCACUUUAAAUUCCAUUUUCUAGAAUUCUAAUGGAGUCAUUCCUACGUGUAAGUUGGUGCUUUUUCUUUGAAGCAGUUGAAAUGGGUGCUGGUGAACAUUCUAAGUGGAAGUUUAUAAUAAUAAUAAUAAUCUGGUUAUCUCUUGUUAUUGCCACAGUAAAUCUCAUAUCUCCUCUUUUGUGAAGAAAAAAGGGUUUAGUCCUCUGCAAAAGCUUGCUUCUACUGUUUUCAAAUGGAGGGUUCUUCAAUUGAUUUUAUAGAAUUGCUUAACGGUGACUUAUCAUCGAAAAUUAUCUCGAUUUUGGAUGAUCCAGCUGAUGUUGUCUGUGUUGCUUCUGUUUCGCGUACCUGGCGCGAAUUUGUGACUGCGAGUGGGUUUUUCAAGAGUCUUCGCUUAAGAUUGUUUCCAGCACUAUCGAGCACUAUUAAAGCCAUUGAAGAAAACAAUGCGAUAGAGCCAUUGGGAUUCAACACCACUGGUAGUGUUGAAGUGGAUAAAUUGAAGAAAAACCACGGAGUUUAUGCCUUCCUAGCAGCAGGUCUGGUUCCUCCAACGUAUUGCAUUGUGAAGGCUAUAAGUGCGUCUAGUACUGAUCAUUAUCUGGAAGAAAAUAUUCACAACACUUUGGAACCUAGAGAGGUAGUCAACGGGAUGCUUUCCUACUGGUCAAGUUUGGGAGAGAGUAGUUCUGAGGUGCCUGAGACAUUGACUUAUAAAUUGGUAUCCAAGUUGUGUUUCAUCACUGAUAUCAACAUCAAACCAUACCAAGAUAUUACGGAUUAUAAUUUUCCUAUAUUUUCGGCCAGCGCUGUGCGAUUCAGAAUGGGCCAUGUUAGAGAACCUCAACAAGGAAAAGACCUUUUGGGUGAUUAUGAGGGAGGUCGCAGAUCCAUUGAAGAUCACGUAGUAUGGACGUAUACCUCAGAAAAGUUUCCAAUGGUUCAGGAACAUCGUUUGCAAAAUUUCAAGUUACCAGAACCUGUUCUUGCCAUUGGUGGACUUCUGCAGAUUGAACUGUUGGGUCGAGUGGCGCUUGCAUCAGAUGACUUAUACUACUUUUGUGUGUCUAACGUUCAAGUUGUAGGACAUCCACUCACUAAUGAUUUUGUUGCUGAUUUAAUUGAUAACUCUGGGAAAUGUGUCUUGAAGUGCAACGAAAAAACGGCUGUUUGUAACAACUCUAAUAGCAGGUUUGAGCCUUUAUCAGGAGAGCAAGUAUAUCCUUAAAAGGAGAAUGUGCAUGGUGUUGACUGUUCACAAUCAUAUGAGUGUUUGAAAAAGAUGAAGGUGGUGAUUGAUUUGUUAGAGGUUACGAAGAAUAAAAUUAUAAGGUUUGUAUAAGUGUGCUGGUGAGAAAAUGUUGUUUCUCAUAAAGCUACUGAUACUGUUCAGAGGAGUAUGUUCUGGUUAAUCUUUUCCAAGACUAAUCGUCCCUACCAACAUAUUUCAUUAAGUUGGCUUUGAGGGCAUCGUGAUACAGAUUCUAAGGUCGCUGGAAAUUGAAUCAAAUGUUGCAUUCUUAUAGAA